AAAUCAAUAAAGAGAAGUAUUUUCAAGCUUUUAAGCUGUAAUAACUUGAGAACCACUUACCCCACGUCAACGAAAACCCCACACAAACAGUGGUACUGUAACAAGGCCAAUGGUGUAUUCAGAGCUUUACAGAACAAACUGAUCUUUACUUCCUUACAAAGAGUAGAAACCUAAAUCAUUUUCCAGCCAUAGAAUUAAAUUGGUUUGUGGGUUCUGUUUGUUUCCGAGUUCUUGAAAAUGGGUUCGUCAGAUCGGUUGUUUUCCAGGCAGAGAACUGUUCAUCAAAUUCUUGGAGGAGGACUUGCUGCAGAUUUGAUGCUAUGGAGGCGAAAGAAUCUGACAGCAGGAAUUUUAGUGGUGACUUUGGCUGCUUGGGUGGUGUUUGAGAUAUCUGGUUAUACACUGCUUUCAUUAUCCUCAAGUGUGCUCUUGCUUCUCUUCACAGUUCUUUUCCUUUGGGCAAAAUCAGCAGCAAUUUUGAACAGACCUUCUCCACCUAUACCACACUUGCAUAUCUCAGAAGAAGUCACAAAUGAAGCAGCAACGCUCAUUCGCUAUCACGUAAAUGCCUUGCUAUCUGUUUUUGAGGAUAUUGCACUUGGUCGGGACUCAGAAAUGUUCAUAAAAGUGGCUCUAAGUCUUCUGCUGAUAUCUGUAAUCGGGAGUGUCACUGAUUUUCUCACAUUGGGCUACACCAGCCUGUUUAUUGUUCUUACAGUUCCGGCACUUUAUGAAAGAUAUGAAGAUUGUAUUGAUACAUAUGCGCUUAAGAGCUACAGAAAGCUGCAACUGUUUUACAUAAGAUUUGAUGCAGUGUGUAUCAGCAAGGUUCGGAAAUGGAUUUUGGAGGCAAAGAAAUUUAACUAACGAUGCAUUUGCUUUGUUUCCACAUUCUUUUCUUUUUGGCUCACACAUUUUCUUGGCCGUGUUUGUCAAUUUUGUAAAAACAAUAUCUUCAAUUUGUGUUUGUCCCAUAGAAGGUGAAAACAAGACACAUUAUCUCUCUCGACUACAUCAACUAUCAAUAGAUUCUUUAUUUCAUAA